UCUACCCUCUCAUCCAAAUCCAAUCCCAAAUCCCUUCUCCGCCUAAACCCUAACCCCACAUGGAAUCCCGCCGCGUUCCUCGCACCGUCAGCGACCCCAAGGUCCGCCAGGUCGGAUUCUUCGCUCCGCCCGACCGCUCUCUCUCCGGUCCCCCAGAUCCCGCCUCCUCCCCGCCGCCGCUUUCCAACAUUUCCCCCUCCGGCAACUCCUUGUCCCCCGUCAUGAUCCCGCCUCCUCGCCACCUCUCCACCGACCUCCCCCGCCACCUCCCCCACCCGCACCCGCCGCUCUCCCCUCUCCGCGCUCCCCGCGCCAAUGAGACUUCGGUUCCCGUCGGUAGCUACAAUCCUUCCGAGUUCUCCACCCCUUCUGGUAUCGCCGAUUUCUCGGAGGAUCAGCUAUCUCCGCGUUGGGGGCGGAAGAGUAGCUCUGGGAAAUUCGCUACUUCAUUGCCGUCGGGUGGAUUCGGUAUGGCGGCUGCUAAGAAUAUUAGUGACGCUAAUUCCAAACCUGGCGUUGCAGAUGGAGGGGCGGAUGCGGAAGUGCAGAAGGAGAAGGGCGCAGCUGCAGGGAAGCCUUUGAAAGAGAAGACGACAAAAGCCGAACGCCGGGCAAUGCAAGAAGCACAACGUGCUGCCAAGGCUGCUACAAAAGGUGAAGGAAGCAAGACUGCUGGAGUCAAUGCAGCCAACGCAAUGAAGUCUGCAAAGCCAGCUCCACAAAAGAAAGACAACUCUUCAGUUGCAGCUUCUGAAAGAAAAGGUGGUGACCGUCAAACAGAUAAGGAUAGGAAGAAAGAUGUCCCUCAUCCACGGAUGCAGUUUGAUGAUGAAAACAGAGUUGAGAAGGCAAAGAAGCGGUCUGUAGUAAAACAAGCAGAAGCCCGUAACAGAGUUGAACUCUUUAGGCAUCUACCUCAGUAUGAACAUGGAGCAAGGCUCACUGAUUUGGAAUCGAAGUUCUUCCAAUUAGGUCCUGUUCAUCCUGCUGUGUACAAGGUUGGUUUCCGAUAUCUGACGGGGGAUAUAUCUGGGGGAAAUGCCCGGUGCAUUGCGAUGCUACAAGCAUUCCAAGAAUCAAUCAAGGAUUACUCUACACCGCCUGAAAAAACCCUUAUCAGAGACUUGACUUCUAAAAUAAACUGUUAUGUUUCCUUUCUGAUAGAAUGUAGACCCCUUUCAAUCAGCAUGGGCAAUGCAAUUAGGUUUCUUAAGAGACGAAUUACCAGCUUACCCUUAAACCUUUCUGAAUCAGAAGCAAUUACCAGUCUUGUCUCUGAUAUUGAUCGUUUUAUUAACGAGAAGAUAAUUCUAGCUGACAACGUUAUUGUGAAGCAUGCUGUAACUAAAAUUAGGGAUGGUGAUGUUCUUCUGACAUAUGCAUCGUCUUCUGCUGUUGAAAUGCUACUUUUACAUGCUCAUGAACUUGGAAAACGGUUUCGAGUAGUGAUAGUUGAUUCGCGUCCCAAGCUUGAAGGCAAAAUGCUGCUUCGCAGGCUUGUGGGGAAAGGAAUUAGCUGUACAUACACCCAUAUAAACGCUGUUUCUUAUGUCAUGCAUGAAGUAACAAGAGUUUUUCUGGGUGCAUCUUCGGUGUUGGCAAAUGGAACUGUUUACUCAAGAGUUGGCACAGCAUGUGUUGCUAUGGUUGCCCAUCAGUUCCGUGUCCCUGUCCUGAUAUGUUGUGAAGCAUACAAGUUUCACGAGAGGGUUCAACUUGAUUCUAUUUGCUGUAAUGAACUUGGUGACGCUGAAAUGGUUUCAAGGGUUACCGGUAGAGAGGAUAUCAAUUCUUUAGAUGGUUGGACUAGUAGCGAGAAUCUACAACCCCUGAACCUGCUUUAUGAUGCAACACCUUCCGAUUAUGUAUCAAUGAUCAUAACAGACUAUGGCAUGAUACCACCGACAAGUGUACCAGUUAUAGUCCGAGAAUACGGCAGAGAAUACUUGUUGAUAUAGUGAAAUCCAAGUGAUGUUGCGAUAGAAUCCGGACAGCGGAUGAAAAGGCUAUGUCGACCUGUGUGGUCUUAUAUGUCUCACCAUAAUUUAGUUAUCCCCGUUUUGGAAUAAAGAUAUGCCUGUAUUGUGUAUCCAUUAAAUCUGCUAUCAAUUUUUGAUCUGACCUUGACUGUGAAGAGCGCGAACCUUCCGCCUCUCCGGGCAGUUUUCCGAAUGCUGUAAUAUGUCGUGAGAGUUGCAGAUAGUGAACUGGUUAUGAUUUUUUUGCCA